AUGGAGGUCAACGUUUUUGACUUGAGUGUGUGGAAAGGGGAGCCAGAGGAAACAGAAGAAAUGAAGCCUGCAUGGUACGGUCACGAGGACAUCCCGCUGGAUAAGAUGUGGGCCGAUGAUGCCUACUGGCUCUUGCAAUACUUGGACGAGCAGAUGGCCACGCCAUUCGUUGGCCGAUUCCGCUUCAAAGGCCACGAGGGCCCGGACAGCUGGGAGGUUUUAGAGCACUUUGUAGCCCCCCUGGUGCCGGCUUCAGUUCCGCGCUUUGGGCAGAGUGAGCCUGGAGCAGCCCUCCUGGUCUCGACCGUCAGCUUCGUGGACGCUCCAAGUGCUCGCCCACUGGAGUCCUUCAUCCGGUAUCACUUGCGAAAGGGUUUUGCUAGGGUGAUGAUAUUUGUGGACGAUCCGUCCGACACCGCGACUCUUGAUGUAGUCCGACGCUUCCCCGCAUCUCGUGUGUUGUACCAUGUGCGCGGAGACGAUUUGCUGCGAGCACAGCGCCAGCACUGUGCAUCCUUCACGAAGCUGGAGGGCUUCGACAACGAAGUAUCUGCACGCCAGCUUCUUGAUUUCGAAUUUGCCUCAACGCUGGCUCCUUCCCUGGCUUGCCGUUGGAUUUUGUGCUUGGACUCUGACGAGUUGUUCUACACUUGCGAGGAUUCUAUAGUUCCUCACUUCCAGAUGCUAGAGUCGCAGGACAUUCACCAGAUGUCUUAUCUCAACCACGAAGGUGUGCCUGAGCAGCCCGAGACUCAAGAUUAUUUCGCGACGGUUUCGUUGUUCAAGCAGCACCAGUUCGCAGUGCCACUCACGGCCAAAGCUCGAAGUGGCCUGCGCUUUUGGAUGGAUCGAUCAAAGCACGGCCAGUACUUCUUAUUUUACGACAAUGGCAAGAGCGCCUGCAGAACAGGCUUAGGUGCAACACUCAGUAGUCAGCAUCUGUGGCAACUGCCAGGCGGCCACAAGUCCUGCACUGCCCUUGCAGAUCCCAGACGUAUGGACGUCGAGGGAUUUCGGGAGUGCAAAGAUCCCUGUAUCCUUCACUUUCCGGUCUGUGGUGUCAACUGGCUAUAUGCAAAAUACAAAACGCUCGGCGCUUUUCCAGACAAGUGGCUUGGAAACAUGCCCCUGAAUGAAUCCUUUCAUAAGGAUGCGAGGGAAGCACAUCUCUCGCACGGGGAUGCCCUAUCGGCAUUGUUCACAGAGCAGGUCAUGCUUGAUUCGGAGCAAGCAGCCGUGCAAAUAGCCUGCGGGACUUGUGUCAGACUGACAGAACAUGCAAAGGUCUUGGAUUCAGUGCCAGCUGCAACAACCACGCCGGAUGCAACUGCAAACCAGGCUCCUAUCAACAAUGCAGUGGCUCAAGGUGAUACUCUGGUUGGAGUGGAGCGUGGCUGGAUCUUGUCCAAGGCUAUGGGCUACUUGUCGCCGGAACUGCAAUGA